CCCGAGUCCGGUUCGGCUUCAGCCUUCAGGAGCCAUCUCCCUCCUCCACUUUCAAUUCCAUUUUUAGCUCUUUCCCCGCUCUUGUUCUCUAGAGCCGCCCCAUCGUUUCUAUGAAUGAGCAUCCCACACUUGAUCUCUCUGUUGAAACAAUGCAACGCUUCAAAAUCACUCCUCCAAGCUAGAGUCAUUCACCAAAAGAUCGUAACUUUGGGCUUGCAGACCGAGAUUACCCUGUGCAAGAACCUCAUCAAUGUCUACUCCUCUUGCCGCUGUCAUGACUCUGCUGAACUCGUCUUCCGAAGGAUCGGAAACCCAUCGGACAUCUCAUUGUGGAACGCCCUCCUCGCUUCUUACACAAAAAAUCACGCUUACAUUGAAGCUCUUCAGCUCUUCGGAAGUUUGCUGCGCUACCCUUCCCUGAAGCCUGAUUGUUUCACUUACCCGAGUGUGCUGAAGGCAUGCGGUGGACGGGAAUGGAUUCGCUGCGGGAGAUCGAUGCAUGGGCAUUUCGUGAAAUCUGGGUAUGUUUUCGAUGUUGUGAUAUCGAGUUCUUUAGUUGGGUUGUAUGCCAAAUGCGGCUACUUCGAUCACGCAGUUCAGCUGUUCGAUGAAAUGUCUGACAGAGAUGUGGCAAGUUGGAACACUGUCAUAUCUUGUUAUUAUCAGAGUGGGAAAUACGAGAAGGCGUUGGACUUGUUUGGAAGAAUGAAGGAAUUCGGAUUUCAGCCCAACUCUGUCACAUUGACGACUGCCAUUGCUGCGUGUGCGAGACUUUUGGAUAUUGAAAAGGGGAAAGAGAUCCACUCGGAGCUCACGAGAACUGGCUUCGUGCUGGAUGAUUUCAUGAGCUCUGCUCUUGUGGACAUGUACGGGAAAUGUGGUUGCUUGGAGAUGGCUGAAGACGUGUUUCACCAAAUGCCUAAGAAAACCGUAGUUGCUUGGAAUUCUUUGAUUUCAGCUUACGGUUCUACCGGAGACUGCAAUCAAUGCAUGAAACUGCUCAGUAGGAUGAUUCUUGAAGGCAUUAGACCAACUUCAACAACAAUAAGUACCAUAUUGCUGGCAUGUUCACGAUCAGGACAACUCCAACCUGGAGCAUUUCUCCAUGGGUACAUCCUCCGAAACAGAAUCGCCCCUGAUCAGUUCAUCAACAGUACCCUUAUCGAUCUAUACUUCAAAUGCGGGAAACCUCAUACAGCUGAAAAGGUGUUCAGAACGAUUCCCAAACCAGACAUAGUUUUGUGGAACGUAAUGAUUUCAGGAUUCACCAUGGUAGGAAAGCUCUUCGAUGCACUUGGAAUCUACAAUCAAAUGAAAGCAGCAGGUGUAAACCCAGAUGCCAUGACAUUCUCCAGCGUUCUAUCAGCUUGCUCGCAACUAGCAGCUCUGGAACAAGGCAAGGCAAUCCACAUCUCGGUCUCUGAUAACGGACUGGAGAGCAAUGAAGUGGUCAUGGGAGCUUUGCUAGACAUGUACGCAAAAUGUGGAGCGAUGAACGAAGCCCUCUCCGUAUUUCUGAAGCUCCCAAUCAGGGACCUCGUCUCUUGGACGUCCAUGAUCACUGCAUAUGGCUCUCACGGCCAGGCAAAAGAUGCCUUGGAGCUGUUCGACGAGAUGCUGCAGUCGAGCGUAAAGCCAGAUGGAGUCACUCUCCUUGCAGUCUUAUCAGCCUGCAGCCAUGCAGGAUUAGUCGACGAAGGUUGCUACUAUUUCAGACGGAUGAUCGAUGAAUACAAAAUACAGCCAAGGUACGAACAUUACUCGUGCUUGAUCGACCUUUUGGGGCGAUCUGGUAGGCUUCAGGAAGCUUACAAUGUCCUGGAAACGAAUGCAGAGAUUAGAGAAGACGUUGAGCUAUUAAGCACGCUGUUAUCAGCUUGCUGCUUGCACAAGGAAUUUGAGCUGGGGGAAAGAAUUGGGAAUGUGAUUGUCGAGAAGGGUUCGAGUGAUCCAUCGGUUUAUGUGGCAUUGUCGAAUAUGUACGCGUCGUCGAGGAAGUGGAAGGAGGUUGGGAGGGUGAGGUGGAGGAUGAAGGAGCUGGGGUUGAGGAAGAGUAAUCCUGGGUGUAGCUGGAUUGAGAUUGAUGAUCGAAUUGCACAGUUCUUUAUGGGAGAUGAGUGGCACGAGGAGGCUGACAUGGUGAGGGAAUGUCUUGCCGUUCUUUAUGAUCAUAUGGAGAAGGUGGAAAGAGAAGGAUGGACAGAGAUUGUCUAGUGAAAGUUGAAGAGGUGAUCAAUAAUGACUGCUCGGAAGAAGCUAUUUGGACAUUUGGGAGUUAGUACUUUGAGAGGCUUAAUGCAUGGCAGGGAUGACAAGAGUAUUCAUAUUCAUCGAAAUCGAAUUGGAUGAGUUUAGAGUAAGUUUUGGAUGAAAUUUAAAUCCAACUAUUAGGGGAUGAUUAGAUUUGUCAUUAUUCCGUUUCAAAUUUUAUACUUAUAUUAAAAAGAUUUGGCAUAGAGAGAUUCAACGG